AUGGCCUCCCACGACGACAUGGCCGCCCAUCCGCGCGACGACGCCGCUGCCGCCGCCCCGCUGCGCCCAGCCCACCACGAUGCCGCCGACGCGCCUGCAAAGCCCUCGAUCCGCUCAUGGAGGAAAAAGUACCGCAAGAUGCGCGUGCGCUUCGACGAGCGCAUGCGCGAGAGCAACACGCUCUUCCGCGAGGAGCACAAGGCCAUUGCCCUGGCCCGCCGGCUGCAGGAACAAAACGACCAGCUCCUAGACCUCUUGCUCGACAUCAACGACCAGCCCAAAGUGCCCCAGCACCUCCGCUACGACCUCAACCUGGGCUCGCGCGACGCCGACGUGCCCUCGGACCCGGACGCCAUCCACCUCAAGCUCCAAGAAGCCCGCGCCGACCUCGCCGCCGGGCGCAUCUCGCCCGAGGAGCUGGCCCAGCGCGAGGCGGCGCUGACGGCCAAGUUCUCGGGGCUCGGGCACGACAGGCACGCGCUCGCCGAGCUCGUCCACGUCCCGCACACGCACUUCCCGCCGGCGGAGCUGCCGGACGACCUCGUGGGCGAGAGCCUCGCCGGCUACCUCAGCCCGAACCACGAGGAGGAGUACCUCAAGGAGCUCGACACGGCCCUGGGCGACCCCGCCCUGUACGACCCCAACGACACGUCGGGCCGCCCGAUCCGGCUGCCCGCCCGCGACGUCCCGAGCGAGAAGGAGCUGCAGAUCCGCAACCCGGACUCGGUCUACAAUUGGCUGCGCAAGCACCAGCCCCAGGUCUUCCUGCAGGACAAGGAGAACGAGAAGGGCGAGCCGGGUGAGAAGCCUGCCAAGGGCGGCGGUGGGAACGGGAGGGGAGGUGGUAAGCGUGGCCAGGCGGCGGCGGCGGCGGCUGCUGCUGCGGCGGCGGCUGCCAACUCCGCUACACCAAUCAAGGGCGACCCGGAUGAUGAGGAUGGCUUUGUGCCGGAGACGGGUAGUGGUCGGGGCAAGAGGAACAAGGAUGAUGAGCCGUACCGGCCGAAGGGCGGCAGCAGCCGUCCAAGCAAGAGGAAGAGGGAAGAUGGCGAGGGCGGCGGCGGUGGCGGUAGGGGAGGCCGGAAGAAGGCGGCUAGAGGAGGGGCUGCCGCCGCUGCUGCUGCCGCCGCCGCUGCCGCUAACUCGGCGUCAUGA